AUGACGUCUUCGAAUCCAACAAAAUAUCCUGAAAAGACACCAAAGAAAUUUCCAAGUUCAAUAAUUCUAGAUGAUCUGUUAUUCUUGGUUUCUACGUCAGUAUCAAGAAAAGAAGCCGUCAAAUGUGCCAGACGAAUAAUACAUAAUUUAGAACAAUGUCAAAAAUGGCGAGAUAUUUCAUCGGAUGAAAUUUCUGAAUUGAGAGAAAUCGAAAAUUAUUUGUUGGCUGUAAAAAACUAUUAUAGAAUUCGUGGAGAUGAAGCAAGAGUUCGUCUUUUCACAGCGAAAAACGCAGUGUUCAUGAAUUGGAUAAUGCUCUCGGUAGGGACAGUGGCUUUUUCAGUUUAUUCUCAUCAUUAUGGAUUUCCAACGAGCUAUCAAUUGUUUCUGGCUCUUUUAUUUCUUGUGGUAUUGGCAUGGAUUGUUAAGGCGUUUUCAUACUUGGAAUGUCUCCGUUUCGUGGUACCAACUCCCAAAGAAGAAUCGAAUGUUCGGAACGAAGGAAAAUGGAUGAAACUAAAAGAUACACCUACUCAUUCUUCACUUAUACUGAAAAGAGAACAAUUGGCACUGUUUGACUUGUCCGAGGAAGAAGUUUUUCCGGUGAAAAAUGAGUUUGAUAGACUAGAGACCGAGUUGAAAGAAACGAAGCUUCAUCGUGCUGCACCGACAUACUUAAUAAUCUUCAUCUGCUUGUUAUGUUUCCUUAUUCGAUCAUGUGGAGAAUCGAAUCUAACUGAACAUAUAUCUUGUUUUAUACUCACACUUGUUGGUAUCACGCCGGCAUUUUUCCCUCUGUUUUUUAAGUAA